UCUUCUUUAUUAUAGCUUUCACAUUCUUUAACGCUCCCCUCAAGUUUUCCUUUUUAUUACUUCACACAGAGCUUUUUAUUCCGGCGAAAACUCCAAAUCACCAAACUCGGGUUCUGAUUAAUCGGAUCUUGUUAACUGGGUUUAUUAUCGGAUCUAGUUCGGAUCUCCGGUCUAGCAGAUGUCUUCAUCGUAUUGGUGUUACCGGUGUACGCGAUUUGUUAGGGUUUCAGCUGGGAGCGACGUCGUUUGUCCGUACUGUGAUAGUGGAUUCAUUGAAGCUGCUGAGGCUAGUAAUAUUGGAUCGUCGCCGGAAACUCGACGGAGAUUGAACGGCCGGCCAGAUUCGGAACGUAGUGUUAACAUGGGAUCUCGCCGGAGCCGGCGUAAUCGCGGUGGAGACAGAUCUCCGUUCAAUCCGGUUAUUGUUCUUCGUAGUCCGUCGGAAACUCCUACCGGAGAUGAUGACGCUGCAGGAGAGGAGCGGAGUUAUGAGCUUUACUAUGAUGAUGGUGAAGGUUCUGGUCUCCGGCCGUUACCUCCGACGAUGUCAGAGUUUUUAAUGGGAUCUGGAUUUGACCGGUUGCUCGAUCAGCUAGCGCAAAUCGAGGUGAACGGAUUUGGCCGGCCGGAGAAUCCGCCGGCGUCGAAAUCGGCGAUUGAAUCGAUGCCGAUCUUAGAAAUAGCAUCUCAUCACGUGAAUACAGAAGAGCAUUGCGCCGUUUGUAAAGAAGCUUUUGUUUUAGGCUCCGAAGCACGUGAAAUGCCGUGUAAACACAUCUACCAUACCGACUGUAUUCUCCCGUGGCUGUCGCUACGCAAUUCAUGUCCCGUCUGCCGGCACGAACUACCGGCUGAAUCGCCGGAAACUACAACCUCCGGUGACUUCGUUCGAUCGAGAAAUGACGAAGAAGCGAUGGGAUUGACCAUAUGGAGACUCCCCGGAGGUGGAUUCGCCGUGGGGAGAUUUGCCGGCGGAAGACGGGGCGCAGAGAGGGAACUUCCGGUAGUGUAUACAGAAAUGGACGGCGGGUUUAACAAUGGGGUGCCUAGAAGAAUAGCUUGGAGAUCAAGGAGGAGUAACACGAGUCGAAAUGGCGGUGGAAUAAGCCGAAUUUUCGGCAAUGUUGCAUCGUUUUUUAGAAGAUUAUCGCCGUCUACUCAACGGCGGAGAGCGCUCGAAAUACAUUCGAGCAGCUCGGAUUCAUCCGGGUCCGGAUCUUCUGUUUUCCGGAGUCGGAGCGUUUCAAGUACUUCAGUAUUCAGUAGGUAUUUGAGAAGAAGCAGUAGAACUUGGGUACCGGAAGAGAGUAAUGGAGUAACCAGAUGGUAAUUAUAUUGGAAAAAAAUGAAAAAUAUAUCAAUUUUCAAUUAUUAUUUGCUGAGCAGAAGCACUAAGAAAACAGAAAAAUCGUCAUAGAGCAGUCGAUUAGAGGUAGAAGAUAUGGCAUAAUUUCUCGAGGAUUAUAUAUCGAGUUUCAAACUGUGCGCGAGAUGAUUUUUCGGUGAUAAGAGAAUUAUUGUAUAAUUUUUCUUUGCUAAUUUAUCUUGGGUUCAUUUUGUGACAAUGAAAUGUAGAAAGUUGGCCAUUUUGGAGGAAAUCUGUAAAUAGAGAAGGCUUUGAUCUGGAAUUCAAUACUUUUUAUUAUUAGUAAUAUAGAAAGAUAAAUGUAGGCUCUUUAAAUGGUUUAUUUUUAUUUAUUUUGGUAGCAAGUGCAAAAAAGUUUAGCUGUGAAUAGUCUUUUUUGGAUUUGUUGAAUCAAUCUGUAAACUUUUCUAUGUAUUUGCAGCUUUGCAUUUGGA